GACGGAGUGAAUCAGAGGAACACGCUUCUGACGUCGGCUUCGCUCUGAAUCCGUCUGCGCCGCGUCUUCACCGCCAUCGUGGGCCACAGGCCGCUCCUAGUAUCACUGGCGGAGGCGGAUGACGGGCUAUGCCGAUUCGCGCGCGUCGUAAUCGGGACCCGGUGAGCUUCUUAGCAGGAGCCGGGGAGGAGGCGGCGGUAUAUAAGAUUGAGAGGGGCGAUGACAGGUGGUGACUAUCCCCUCUCCUCCCCUCCCCUACUCUGAGAACAAUGGCGCAACCAACGGGACGGACGGGCUCGCCCGAGUUCGAGACGUACAAGGAGCAGAUUGCGUCGCCGACCAGGAAUUUGGAGGAGACGAUUCCGCCGAACAAUCGCCACCGUGCGAUUGUCUUAUGUUUCGAUGGAACUGGAGACCAGUUCGACGAGGAUAACUCGAACAUAGUCAGCUUCCUCUCCCUGCUCAAGAAGGACGACCCAUCCAAGCAGUUGGUGUAUUAUCAGUCCGGCAUCGGGACGUACAACAUCCCACAAAUCGCAAAACCCAUGAUGGCAAAGUUCAAGCGGCUACUUGACUCUAUGGUCGCCGUACACCUCAAUGCUCAUGUCAUGGGCGGCUACGAGUACAUCAUGAACCACUAUCAUGUGGGAGACAAGAUCUACAUCUUCGGUUUCUCUCGUGGAGCAUAUAUUGCCCGCGCUCUCGCCGGUAUGCUGCACAAGAUUGGCUUGCUGCCUCGCGGAAACCAGCAGCAAGUCGCAUUCGCGUACAAAAUGUACACGCGCGAAGACGACCUCGGUUGGAAGCAGUCAAACGCCUUUAAGAAAGCCUUCUGCAUCGAUGUAAACAUCGAAUUGCUAGGUGUCUGGGAUACCGUCGGCUCCGUUGGCCUCUUCCCCCGCCGCCUCCCCUUUACCACUUCCAACUCGCACGUCCGCUACUUCCGCCACGCCCUCGCCCUCGACGAACGCCGCGUCCGCUUCCAGCCCAACUUCUGGAUCCGCUCGCAUCCCGCGCAACACGCCCUCGGCGUCCAGCCCGGCGAGAUGCCGCGCUCGCGCCCCGAGCCCAAGUCCACCAAGACCAAGCUCUCCCUCCGCGAGAAGGAGCGCACGUACGACGCCGAGGCCGGGCUCUCCGCGGCCGCCCAGCACACGGACGUGCUCGAGGUCUGGUUCGCGGGAUGUCACUGCGACGUCGGCGGCGGCUCGGUGCGCAACGACGAGCGGCACAGUCUGGCGCGCAUUCCGCUGCGGUGGAUGAUCCGGCAGUGCUUCCUGCUCGAGACGGACAUCCUCUUCCACCGCGAGCUGCUGCCGAAGGUGGGCUUGGACCCGGAGACGUUGUGGCCGGUGGUGAGGCCAAAGGAUGAGGUGAAGGUGAAGCCGAUGGAGACGUCGUCUUCAUCGUCGUCUGCCGCGAGCACCAAGGACGAGGCGAGAUUCCUCGGCGAGGAGGAAGAGGACAGGCGGGACGCGCUCUCGCCGGUGUACGACCAGCUCUCGCUGAAGCCCCAUUGGUGGUUCCUCGAGGUGAUCCCCGCGAAGGUGCGGUACAAGCUCGCGGACAACGCGACCUGGCUACAGAAGCUCUUGAGCUUCCGUUGGCACCUGGGGCAAGGGCGCGUCAUCCCGAAACGACAGAAGAAGCACGGCAUACAUAUCCACAAGACGGUCAGGACCCGCAUGGAGGCGGAGGAGCUCAAGUACAAGCCGCGGGCGAAGGUCUUCGACGACGUGGAGCCAAUUUGGGUCGAGUGAGCUGAGGAUGUCGAAUAGAUGGACGGGCCGCCCGCAUAUGUAUCAUACCUAGAAGCCAAGUUUGGGGUCCAUGUAGCGUCAGCUCUCAUAAGUAUACUGUACUGCGUCGGGUAAUCGAAUGUAACAAUAUUCCUUGCUCCUCUGAGGCGAUUGAGCGGACCCUGGGACAUCCGGGCC